CGCACAACUGCUACACAUCGCUGAGCAUCAAGAGCGUAUGGGGUGCGGCUCGUCUCUCGGUAUUGGGUCGAAGGUCGCGGACCGGAACCCGCAAGAGCAAGCCAACAACGACAACUCGCCGCUCACGCCCGAAGAGAUCCGGUCGCGCAUCGUGUGCUCGGAAAAGUCGACACGCCUUCAGCUCACGCCGUCCCUCUCGAUCGAGUACGCCUUUGUGUCUCAGCGCGGCUACUACCCCGACGCAAUUGACAAGCCCAACCAAGAUAGCUUUACCAUCAUCCCGAGCUUCGCGGGCGACCCGAGCAAGAUCUUCUUUGGCAUUUUUGACGGCCAUGGCGCGACCGGUGACCUCUGCUCGAUCUUUGCAAAGAAGGAGGUCCCGGAACGCUUGCUCAAGCUCAUGGCCAAAGGCACGCCCGGCAACUUUGCAGAAAUUUACUCGGCCGCGUUCACCGACACCAACGCCAAGUUGCACACAUCGCGCAUCGACGACAGUCUAAGCGGCACGACGGCCAUUACGUGUUUUAUGGACGGCGACAUCAUCCACGUGGCCAACGUCGGCGAUUCGCGCGCUGUGAUUGCGCGCAACGACCAGCCACGCAUUGUGGCCUCGCCCUUGUCGGUCGAUCAGACGCCGUACCGCACGGACGAACGCGAGCGCGUCAAGCGAUAUGGCGCUCGUGUAUUGACGAUGGACCAGCUGGAAGGCAUUGCACCGAUCCACGAGAACUGGGCAACGGCCAUCAACGAAGAGGUCGACGAAGAUGGCGACCCGCCCCGCGUGUGGUCGCCAACGGGCAACUUUCCGGGCACGGCGUUCACGCGUUCGAUUGGCGAUGAGAUUGCCGAGAGCCUCGGUGUCUUUGCGACGCCCGAGAUUGCGUCGCUCCAGCUCACGCCGUCGGACCGGUACAUCAUCAUUGCGAGCGACGGCGUCUUUGAGUUUUUGACCAACCAAGCGGUUGUCGACAUCAUCAAGGCGUACUCGGACCCGCUGGAGGCGUGCGAGAAGGUCGUGACUGAGUCGUACCGCCUCUGGUUGCACUACGAGCUCCGAACGGACGACAUUACGAUCGUGUGCAUUUACUUGGAUCACACGGCGUCGAGCCACGGCAACGAGACGAAUAAGGAGCGGCUCCAGAGCCAAAAGAACAACGAUCUCAUCACGACCAACAUGCUCAACGACCGUGUCGCCGAGUUGCGCCCGGUGCGGCGCGGUAUGUCCAAGCAGAAGCGGCGCGACCAGAUGAAGAAGGACAUGGCCAAGAUGGUGACCGAAGAAGACCUCAACUACAAGAUGAACGACCACGUGAUUCUCAAAUCCAAGCAAGAAAUGGACAAAAUCCAGGAGAUCACUCAGGCCAAUUGGCUCUUCAAGCAGCUCACGGCACAGCAACGCAACGACGUGUACAAGGUCAUGGAAAAGGUCACAGUCAACGAAACCGACGUGGUCAUUCGCCAAGGCGACCCAGGCGACCGCUUCUACUGCGUUCAGAGCGGCGACUUUCAAGUCACGGUCAAGAACGAGACGCCCAAUGGCAUUCGCGAAGACAUUGUCCACGUCUACCGCGGUGACACGCAUCCGUCGUUUGGCGAACUCGCGCUCAUGCACAAUGCGCCGCGGUCGUCGUCAGUGAUCGCGCUCACAAAAGGUGUCUUGUGGGCCAUCGACUGCCGCGCGUUCCGACUCGUCUUUAUGAAGUCACCGACCAACGUUAUCGUCCAGACGCUCAAGAAGGUCGAUGUGCUCAAGUCGCUCACGACGACGCAACUCGAGCGACUCGCGACCAACUUGACCGAAAUCACGUUUGAAGACGGCGAUUACAUCAUCAACCAAGGCACGAUCGGCAACACAUUUUUUGUCAUCAAGGAAGGUGCGUGCCUCUGCACGGUUUGGGACGUCGCACCCGGUACGACGGAGCGCACGAGCCGCGAAGUGCUACGACUGCGCCAGCACCAGUACUUUGGCGAGCGCGCGCUCCUCAACGACGCCCCGCGCGCCGCCAACGUCAUUAGCGUCGGUCGCACGAAAUUGCUCCAGAUCGGGCGCCAGGCCUUUGAGGAGAUUCUCGGGCCGCUCCAAAAGAUCAUUGACAACGACCGCGCGCAGCGCGAGGCCAAACACAACUUUCAAAUUGCCGUGAGCAACCUCCGCGAGCACAACCCCGAGGCGAGCUCGGUCAAGAACGACGUGGCGCGUGGCCAGCUCAGUUUCAAGUGCGUCGCGCAGACGAGCGAGGUCGGGACCCUCACCACGUUUGAGACGACGAGCAAGGUCCGGCUCACGGUUCGCGUCGUCUCCAAGCGACAGACCAAAGCCAACAACAAGAUCGAAGAGGUCAUGCGCGAAGCCGCGAUCCACAAGAGCAUGAAGCGACCCAUCUCGGUUGCGACAGUCCCCGUGUGCAUGGGCACGUGGACCGACGCCAACGGCCUCUACAUGGCGUUCAACUCCAACAUGGUCUGCGACAUUGCCGGCUUGAUGCUCGACGCGGAAACCAAAUUCUCGGAAGACGUGAUUCGGCAGUACGCGGCGCAGCUGCUCAUUGGUCUCGAGACGCUUCACGAUGUUGGGAUCGUGUACCGCAACAUGAACCCGGAAAACAUCAUGCUCGACGACAACGGCUACGUCCAGCUGCACGAUUUUCGGUAUGCCAAGCAAAUCGACGAUCUCCGUACGUACACACUGUGCGGCACAGCCGAGUAUACGGCGCCCGAAAUGGUGUCGGCGCAAGGCCACAGCUUUGGCGUCGAUAUUUGGGGCCUCGGCAUUCUCAUCUAUGAGAUGCUCUACGGUAUCACACCGUUCGCAUGCGACGACUUGGAGAACGACAAGGACGUCGUGCUCGCUGUCUACUCAAAAAUCUCACGCUACGACCGCAAGGACCUCGUCUUUCCCGGCACGGAAGAUCGCUCGAAAGAGGUGACGGACCUCCUCUUCCAGAUUCUUAACCAGAGUCCAUACGAACGCCUUGGCUGCCAAGGCAUGAUCGACAUCAACACGGGCGGGUCCGUCAUCCGGAGCCACCCGUGGUUUGCGUCGGUCGACUGGGUGCACGUCGCAGCCGGCGUCCAGAACGCGCCGCACGUCCAGCAGAUUCGCCAAAAAGCGGCGCAGGUGUUUGACGCUGCCGCGCCGCUCGUGCUUGAACCGUACAACGACGCGUCGUCCUGGUUUGACGGCUUUUAACGCGACAGUGCGGUGGCGAUGAAGUCAAUUCGACCUCGCGUUUAACCUGUAAAAGUAUCUUAUUGCGUGCAUA